GCAGUGAGAGGGACACCCUAGUGUUCCACCGAUUGCAGUCCCCCAUAUCAGGGUCACGCUGUGUCCUGGUGUGAGUAGCAGGGAUGUACCGGAGGAUUGCUCAGUCCCUGUGGGUAGAUGGCAUGUGGGUGACAUCUCGGGGUGUUAUAGCUGGCACUAGCACCCUGUCCACCAGCUGCAGGAAGGUUGAUCAUCCACUUAGAUGGCUGCAUGCAGGCGCUGUUCACAGAUGUGACAAACGCGAGCCUCUAUCUGAAAAAGCUGCUAAUGGUAAACAACAAGAAGAUGCGAAGGAGAAGGCUGCUGAACCAUCCCCUAAAGAGAACUUGCUUGACAUGAUUGGUGGUAUGAAAGUUGAAAUAAGUUCCAAGAGCAGAUUCCAGGCUUUGAAAGUAUCUAAAGCCAAAGCACACAACACAGAGCAGGUUGGGAAUAUGGAAACUACAAGCAGUAUGUUCCAAAGGGUUGCAGAAGAAAUUCAAGAAGAACGCAAGCCUCUAAGUCCAGACAUGGUGGCUGCAGUCUCUGCCGUUGCUUCAUCACUUCCAUUAAACAAAAAGCAAGUGGAAUCUGAACUACUUCAGCAACUACGCAAACAUGAACAAGAGACAGAUGUACAAAGAAAAGCAGAAAAUCAGCUCAGUAACAUAAUUUCCGAAAUGAAGAUCGGGAAGCGCACAAGAUCCAGAUCUGCAGCAAACGAGAUUAGAUUUGAUGAUGAUGGUCAAGGAUUCACAAAUAACCGAGGUGUCACACAAGAACUUAACAGUGUCCGGAGCAGGAGGGGACUGUAUGCUGGAAAGCGGCUGAACAUAUUUCCUGUUAUUGAGGAGGCUGAACAGCCAACUGGAACAGAAUCUUGCCUUAGUUUGUGGGAUCUUGAGCUAGCUAAUCAGAUUGCAACCACAUGUGAACAACCACCACGGAAUGGCUUUGAAGAGAUGAUUCAGUGGACAAAAGAAAGGAAACUUUGGACUUUUCCAAUUGACAAUGAAACCGGUUUUGACGAGGAGCAGAAUGUAGAAUUUCAUGAGCACAUAUUCCUGGACAAGUAUCUGGAAGACUUUCCAAAGCAGGGACCCAUUCGACAUUUCAUGGAGCUUGUGGUUUGCGGCCUUUCUAAAAACCCAUACAUUAGUGUCAAGCAGAAGAAGGAUCACAUAGAUUGGUUCCGGGAUUACUUUGAGGAGAAAAAAGACAUUCUAAGGGAGAGUGACGUUUAUGUCAACUGAACAGGAAACAUAGAGGCACUGUUAGUAUCUUGGAUUAUAACAAAUAACACCAAACUCUGGUUCAUUUUGGACACUAUUCCAGUCCACAGUGUUACCAAAAACAUACAAGGGUCUGUUCACAUGCACACAUGGAAUGACAUUGCUCACUGAUGUCCCGUGGUUACAUAAUUGAUUCGCUUUUAAAGUGGAUCUAUCACCUUGAAAAAAA